CUAAAAGUGGUAUAAGAGUAUUUAUUGUUUUAUGGUACUGUCUCUAUGGUUGCUUUCUAGAGACAUGCUCUGAGGCCCAGAGCUCUAUAAGGACUGGUCUGUGCCUGAGCAAAAGACCUAUGUUCUAAGGUGGUUUUGUCUUUAGAGUACAGCUUGCUAUUCAGAUGCAUAGAGUCACCCUUGGGGUCGGUAUCAGGGGAAAAGUCAAUAUGUGAGUAUGAUAGUGUUGCAGUAAAAUUAAAGAAGAUGUGCAUGUCCUGGUCCCACAAGUUCUCACUCCACGAGGAUCCAAGCACUCUGUUUCUCUGUCACUGCUUCCACACGCUGUGCCCUGGGUGGGCUGUUACCACUCCUGAGACUCCUGGGCUGGGCUCAUGCUCCAAGGGCUGUGCUAGUAUGGCCCCAUGCCAUGCUCGCCCCAAGCAUUCUACAACCUAGCACGGCCUCCUGUCACAGACUCUAUCCACGCUCUCAACAAUCUAGUAAAGACAUAGCUCAACAGACUGUAACUCAGCAACCAGAUUUGUGUUAGAUGCUCAAUGUACAACACAUUCACACAAUUAACUUACAAGCAAUUGAUAAGUAUAUAAACCGUGCACCUAGAUAAGAUAUAGUUUACUCAUCUAGACAUACAAAAUCCUGUACACAUCCAUCCCUUAAGAAAAGUCAUAACAACCUGUAAAUGUGCAGAGAGAAAUCUUAACAUCCACCUCCAUGCUCUCUCAGCUCCUCUCUCAUGCUCCUGCUUCCUCCUCUCUAAAACUUUUCUCCCGCCCAUCCUUCCUUCUUGUUCAAUGACAGGCCUCAUUCUAUCCUGUACCUGCCUUUAGCUGCACGAUGAAAUCAACCUUCAUGAUAGGGUAUAAACAGGUGUCCAUAUACUCAGGACAGGUUGAAACCUUAAAGGACAUGGAGGAGUAGAAUAGUUUCUACAGGGGAGAAUGUUGAAGAAAGGACAGCAAGUCAUCAGGUGACCAGUAACUUGUGCAAAGCUUGUAGGAGUGGUGAGAAACUGAGAAAAGGGGGCACAAGAGAAAGUUUGUAAUGAUGUUGACUAAAUUGGUAAACAAAUAGACAGAACAACCACAUUCCAUGUUUUUACUGUGCUAUGUGGUUUUUCCAAGUGCUUGUCCACACAUGAAUCCAACAGAGCCCUAUCAGUGACACACCUCCUCCAACAAGGCCACACCUCCUCAUCCUUCCCAAAUAGUUCCACCAGUGAGGACCAAGCACUUAAAUACAUUUUCCUAUGGGGCCAUUCUCAUUCCAACCGCUGCACACAGUGACUUCAGAAUACAUCGUGUCCUGCCAUCCAGACCUGUAGGAUUCCUGCUGAGAAUUCUUCUGAGAGCUGUGCUUCUGUGCUGUGGUGGUUUGAAUAUUCUUGGCUCAAGGAGUGGCACUAUUAGGAGGUGUGGUCUUGUUGGAGUAGGCAUGGCUUUGUUGGAUUAGGUGUGACUUUUUUGGGAGGAAGUGUGUCACUUUGGGAGUGAAACUUUGAGACCUGCAUCCUAGCUGUCAGUGAGAUAGUCUUCUCCUGCUGCCUUCAGAAAAGAUGUAGAACUCUCAGCUCCUUCCCCAGCACCAUGCCUGCUUAGAUGCGUCAUGCUUGUCACCAUGAUGAUAGUGGUCUGAUCCUCUGAGCCUGUAAGGCAGUCCUGAUUAAAUGUUGUUCUGUACAACAGUUGCCAUGGCUAUGGUGUCUGUCAAAGCAGUGAAACCCUAACUAAGACAGAAGUUGGUACCAGGUACUGAGGUAUUGCAGUGAUAGUCCUGAUCAUGCUUUUGUUUGGAGGAGUGUGGCUUUGGGGACUUUGGAAGGCAGUGGAAUGCUUUAAGUGGGCCUUAAUGGGCCAUCUUAUUAGGAAAAUGGAAGACAUUGGUGCUGAGGGUGAUUUGAAGUUUCAGAGAAGAACAUUACUAUAUGGCCCAGAGACUAUACAGUCUCUAAACAGUGAUAGUUUGGUGAAUUAUGUGGCUGCUUUAUGCCAUUGUCUCAAGAGUCUACCUGAGGCUAAGGUAAAGAGAUUUUGAUUAAUUACAUUAACAAAGGAAAUCUCAGAAAAGCCCAGCAGCAUAGACUGUGUCCUCUGCUUCACUCCCACUUUGAUAAAGCAUAGCAAGCUUCAAGAGAAAAAUUACAGAAUGUUUGGUUCAAGAAAUAAAGGGACACCAGGAAGUUAAAAGGAGCUGAGUCCUGUGUUCAAGGAAAUAAACAGAUUGAGGUAGUGGUGAUCUCAGGGCCAGUUCCCAGCCAACUCAGUUUAUAGCUUGUAUUUGCAGUUACACAGACACCAUGACCAAAGCAACCCUGAUAAAGGACAACAUUUAAUGGGGGUGGCUUACAGUCUCAGAGGUUCAGUCCAUUAUGAUCAUGGAAGGAAGCAUAGCAGCGUCCAGGGAGACGUGGUGCUGGAGAAGCAGAGAGUUCUACAUCUUGUUCUGAAAGCAAAUAGAAGACUGUCUCAUUAGACAGCUAGGAGGAGGAUAUCAAGGCCCCACCCCAGAGCGACACACUUCCUCUAAGAAGGCCACACCCACUCCAACAAGGCCACACCCACUCCAACAAGGCCACACCCACUAAUAGUACCACUCCCUGGGCCAAGCAUAAUCACACUACCACACCAUCCUUUUUCAUAAGAACUACAACCAGACAGUUUGAGGAGCUUUCUCAACUAUGUGUCUAGGAUUAGAAUUUGUAACCAGUAUUCCUAACUUUAUGCUCACUCCUGUUGGAUUCUAACACAUUGGUUUUAGCUCAUCAUUUUGUGUUAAGAAACUUGGGGUUUUGAUUUUAUAAUUCUAUAACCCAUUGAACCAGGUAUCAUUCUUAGGGUUUCGAAGCUGAUGGAUUAAACAUGACCAUGUGAUUCUUUUUCUUAAAGUGAUUUGAAUUUUUAUUGGAAAUAGCUAUUUUAUAUACGUAUAUUCUGAUUAUGGGCUCACUUUUUUCAACUCCUCCCAGGUUACCCCACCCAGCUCCUAUCCACCCAAAUCCACACCCUAUCUCUCUUUGUCAUUACAAAGCAAACAGGCAGCUAGGAAACCAAAUGAUCAAACCAGAAUAGGACAAACAACAGAAAAAGGAGCCAAAGAGAAAGCAUAAGAAAGACAUACAGAUGCAGAUACAGGUGCGUACACACACCCGCACACACAUACACACACACACAUACACACACACACACAUACACACACACACAUACACACACACACACAUACACACACACAUACACAUACACACAUACACAUACACACACAGGCACACACACACACACCCACGCACACACACACCCGCACACACAUACACACAUACACACAUGCACACACAGAGGCACACACACACAUACACACACAUACACACACACCCGCACACACAUACACACAUACACACACACAUACCCGCGCACACACACACACACAUACACACGUAUACACACGCAUACACACACAUACACACACACAGGCACACACACAUACACACACAGGCACGCACACACACACACACACACAGGCACACACAGAAAUCCCUUAAGAACACAAAAUCCUAAAUUGUAAUAUAACAAAGCAAAAUCUAUAAGAUCAAUUUUUAAAAAAAAGUGUGGGGAGGUGGGAGGCCUACUGAGCAAGUGUGCAUGACAGCUUUCUCUCUCUGCUGUGGGUUCUGAAGAAUGCUUCCAGCGGCACACUGUCAUGGGGGUGGCAUUACUGUCCAGUUAUUUGAAAAGGCACCCACACCUCCUAUUAUUCAUCUCAUAACUGUCUUAUUGUUAAACAGGGGGAUCGUGAAUGUAUUGUCCAAAUUACACCAUAGAGUAAAGAUCAAAUGUAUAGCGCCCUGAGUCUCUAAUCUAAGUUCUCAGUUAUGCAGGAAAAUUAGAUGACUUUUAUAUGCUGGUAGUGAGUGCAAGCUGGCUGAUAUUAACCACCACCUCCUUCCCAGCUGCCCAUACACCAUCUGUUCAAUAAUUUACUCAGUAUGUUGGCUAGGAACUGAUAUUGGACCCCUAUUUUAAAACGUCUGGUUUAUUAAUUUCCAUUGAUUAUAUUAAAAUGAAUACAACUAUGGGAUUGAAAAAAUAAGAAUGGCAUUGUAGGGUGAUUGGAGCAAGAGAUUGUGCGAGGGUUCUAACUAAGGAAGAAUAACAUCACAACAGAGAAAGACAAGGAACCGAUUCAGUGAAGAUGGGCAAGCUGCUUGUUGAGUUAGACGCGGAGUUCUUGCACGGUAUAAACCCCACUAGAUUGGAAAUAAAAACUGUGGGUUGCUCAUGCUCAUGCCAGUGGGGAUGGAGCCCUGCUAGCAUGUUUAAACUUUCCCAGUGUGCAUUCCUAUCCACAGAGCUGGCAAUGAAGGGAGGAGACACUUUUAUGGAAGAAGAGGAACAAUCAAAUGCUUUGACGAAGGAUGAGUUAAAGAGGCAAUCAUAACAUUUUAGAAUCUUUUGGCUCACAAUAAUUCAUGGUGUUUGUCAAGCUGUAGACAAUAGAAACUGGCUCAAUCAUAGAGAGCGAAGAUAUGAUAUGCUUAAAUCCAGAUGUGGCGAUGAUGAUGGUGAACAGCCAUUUCAAGCCCAUGAAGGAGAACAGACUGAAAAUAUAAACCCAGGAAGUCCCUUCAGAACAGGAUGGAAGACUGCUGCCCGAGUAUAAGAAAAAUCCAAUUGAGAUGGAGGAUAUUUAUGAUUUUCACCAAGGCUUGUACGUGUGCGAUUACACUCAGUCAGAUAAUGUGAGUUCCUGGACCGUCCGAGCUGUGGUUCAAGUGAGAACCAUCGAUGAGGACACCAAUGUGAAGCCGGACAUUCUGGAUCCCGUUACAGACACUCUGGACGUGGAGCUUGGAAAGGCUUUUACUCUACCCUGCAGAGUACAGUUUGGCUUCCAAAGAUAUUCAAAGCCUGUAAUAAAGUGGUAUGUCAAAGAAUCUACACAGGAGUGGGAAAUUUCAGAAUUUGUGGAGAAAAGGAUUCAAUCCACUUUGAAGAACGAAGUCAUUGAACAUACUGUCUUCUUGAGAGAAGUCACCCAAAGAGAUCUCAGCAGAAAGUUUGUUUGCUUUGCUCAGAACUCCAUUGGGAACACAACACGGACCAUCCGUCUGAGGAAGAAGGAAGGAGUGGUGUUUCUAUACAUCCUCCUCGGCAUGACUGUGAUGCUGGUGGGUGUACUGGUGGCAGCUGCUUUGCUCUACUGGCACUGGAUUGAAGUUGUCCUGCUGUGCCGAACCUUCAAGAACAAAGAUGAGACUCUGAGGGAUAAGAAGGAAUUUGAUGCAUUUGUAUCCUAUGCAAAUUGGAGCUCUCCUGAGACUGAAGCCACAGGAUCUCUGAGUGAGGAACACUUGGCUCUAAAUCUUUUCCCGGAAGUGCUAGAGAACACAUAUGGAUACAGCUUGUGUUUGUUUGAAAGAGACGUGACCCCAGGGGGAGUAUAUACUGACGACAUUGUGAGCAUCAUUAAGAGAAGCCGAAGAGGAAUAUUUAUCCUGAGUCCCAGAUACAUCAAUGGACCCCGUGUCUUUGAACUACAAGCAGCAGUGAACCUUGCCUUGGUUGAUCAGACACUGAAGUUGAUUUUAAUUAAGUUCUGUUCCUUCCAAGAGCCAGAAUCUCUUCCUUACCUUGUCAAAAAGGCCCUGCGGGUUCUCCCCACAGUCACGUGGAAAGGCUUGAAGUCGGUUCACGCCACUUCUAGGUUCUGGACCCAAAUACGUUACCACAUGCCCGUGAAGAACUCCAACAGAUUUAUGUUCAACUGGCUCAGACUUAUCCCGAAGGGCUUUUCCCCUGAGAAGGACCUAGCAACGCAGAAACCCUUGGGAGGAAUGCCCAACUCGGGAAACAGCCAUGGAGCUCAGAACAGAACGCCCGAUGCAGGGAACAGACACGGAGCUCAGAACCUCCUUCUCUCCGGCCACCAGAAGAGGUGCUGAUGGGCAGAACUUGCUGAGAGGAUCAGGCUGACAGAAAAUUGAACCUUUCUGCUCUCAGUGCCCAGCGAGCUUGACAGGCAGUGGAAUGAAGCAACAUCUGUGGUUUUAGGGUCUGAGUUCCUGGAAAGGACACGGACACACACACACACACACACACACACACACACACACACACACACACACAGAGAGAGAGAGAGAGAGAGAGAGAGAGAGAGAGAAUAUGCUCCAGACCUCUGCCUUGCACUCAGCACACAUUUCCCUGAGAGUUUCCAAGAGUUUCUGUUGAGCAGAAUCAACAGAAAUAGCUCCGUGGGCUGUCUAACAUGCCUGCAUGCCUGUUUUGCACUAUAUGCAUGAAUUUAUCAUAUGUUUGCAUGUAUAUGCAGUCAGAUAAAUAGGAUUUUAUUUUGUUGGAUACCAGUGAUUGGAACUCCAUCUAAAGCCCUUUGGUAAAGAAAUUUCGCUGUUUGUUUAUUCCACUCUACAGAGGAGAAACGUAGAAGGUGAGACAGAGCACAGAAUAGGUAUGAUCUCCUGGGUCCCGAUGGGACAUGACCACUUUGAAGGCAUGAACUAGGUAUGUGUUCCUAGACCCAUUGAUGACUAAUGUGCAUGGGGUCCUUUGUUGGCAGAACAUGUUGUGACUCACAAAUGCUUUUAGUGAGCUCAUCUGAGUCUGAGCUUAGAAAGGUGCACUGUAGAAUGGUGGACAUUCCCCUUGGGACUAAGUGAGAGUUGUGCUUCUUUCCUGCUCAGUACUGUAAGUGAAAGUCACAUCCCAAGUCACUAUCACCAGAAAAAUUACAUGCUCAACACUCAGAGUGUCAAAAUUUUGAGUCCAAGUUCUUCUAAAUCGUGUAUAACAGAGAGGACAGAACCCUUCUCUUGGUUGGUAGUCUCCACAGGAUUAGGUUUAGGAACGGGAUAGAGCUAAUUACAAUCUCUCCUUGUUUUCUUGGCUAGAGACCUUUGGGCAGAAAUCAAAUCUUACCCGAGUCUCUGCAAGUAGAGACUAAUUUGUCCCAGAUCAUUAGUUCAAUUAAGAGACAAGGAAUGGAUUCGCAGCUAUCUACAACCCGGAGAGUCUGAGCCAUAAGUGUACACAUGGGUUGACAAGCAACAAGAGUACAGCAGAAGCCAUACCUCUCAGAGCCAUUUACUGGCUGAGAGUAGACCCUGUAUGGACACUGCUUGACUGAGUGGUCUUAGGGGGAAGUCUUCCUUGGUAACAGGAUGAUGUGUUGAAGGGCCAGGGCUUCAUUUUGAUUAGCAAGAUGAAUUUGAUGCUCAUAAGUUGGUCUGUCACUAAAAACAAGGUUUUAGUUGAGGUGGCCGUUUAUGACCUUUGAAUGUCACCUUUCCUGAUGGAAUAGGGUGGCUUUUCCUGUGGGCAGUAAGGCAGCACCUCAUGAACUGGCUCCCACAUCACAAGUCACAUCCACUGCAGACUGACCGAAUGAGGUCCACAGGCAGAGUGGGUCAUCCCCUGACAUCUGCCCAUUUGGUGCCUGUGUGAAAUGCUCUUCUGAUCCUCCUUCGCAGAAGAACCACAUCAUAAAAACCACUUUGGCUUUGGCGCUAAGCAGCAUCCUGGCUGGAAAUCUCAGAGCUAAAGAGGAACCAAAGAGCAUAAAUUAUCCCUGGAGGAAGUUUUUGUGGGAAGGACUGCUGUGGGAUCGCAGUGGGGAGGAACCCACACUUGUUGAACCACUGUGCCCUGGCUAAGGCCAGAUUUCCUGGGUUCCUUGUCAGCCUCUCCCUGAGAUCAUAGACUCAGAAACCUUUUCUGGCCAGUGCAGCCAGGUUUAUGUUGUUCCAAGAUAACUGAGUGCGCAAGCCUUUGGCUUUACAGCACCUCAGACUUGUAUAUCCAUGGAAGCAAAAAGACCCAUUUAAUCCAUGAAUGCCCUCUUUCCCGUAGCGAUGUCCAGUGAGCAUGACAAGUUUGCAUCUAGGGCAAAAUGUUACUAUUAUUUACCCUGUGCAUAUCAACUAAAACAAGGGAAAUAAUUGAAACAAAAUCCCUAUGUGUGCGAGAUUUUGGCUGAGCGACUAGACUCAGUAGAAAGCAAAGCCCUGUUUUCUGACUGCACCAUCUAGAUGAGGAGGCCAUGUAUCCUGCCUCUUGUUUUACACACACUGCACAAAUACAAUGGUCGCAAUGCUUUAUUUCAGUAUAAAAAGGGAAGCAUUGUCAUUUGAGUGUAGAUGCCGUCCUUCCAGGACACACUGCAGACCUGCCCUUAUGGACCCUGUAGGGUCUCCUAGACAGUUCUCAGAGUCAGUUCUCAAUAGCAUUCAUGUUAUUCCCAAGUUAACACUUCAAGUAAUAUAAAAUAAACACACACAGUCUUGACUAAUGGCUUGUUUUAUGCCAGCUUGUGAUACAAGCUAAGUUCGUUUGGAAGAGGGAACAUUGGCUGAGAGAGCGCCCCCACGAGACCAGACUGUGGGCAAGCCUGUGGUACAUUGUCUUGAUUCACAGUUGAUGUGGGAGGUCACAGCUCACUGUGUACAUGUCACCCCUGGGCUGGUGGCCCUGGAUGCUAUGAGUAAGCAGGCUGAGUAAGUCAUAAAUAGGAAACCAGUAAGCAGCACUCUUCCAUGACUCUGCUUCAAUUCCUGCCUCUGGAUUCAUGGCUUGUACUCCUUGCACAAUGGAUCUGAGAAUUGUAAGACUGAAUAAACCCUUUCCUCCCCAA